GAAGAGAUGUCAAACUUGACCAAAAUAUAACUCUAUUCUCAAAUCAUAAUUAUAAGACUUUAUCAAAAAACUACCAUAAUUUCUCCACCACACUAGUUUGGAAGCUGUAUGACAGUUGACGAUAUAAAAACACUAAAAAUUCCCAUUCUCCAUUGCAUCAGACACUUGAUCCUCGAAGAGAAAAUCUCAAACUAUCAUCCAUCAAUGGCUUCCCCGUUUGACAUUGACGUGUGGAACUUCGUCAGCGACAGUCUCACCGGAAACAACUACCAACAAUGGAGACAACAAAUGCACAACCUCAUUGAAGAACACGGCUUGGUUGGUUUCAUCAACGGCACUAUUGAGGCUCCACGUGAGAAUCACUCUGAGCGUGAGCGUGAGAAUUACAGGUCCUGGAAAAGAUCAGACGACGUGUUACAGAAAUGGAUCCGAACCACACUUUCCAAAGGCAUAUGCAAAGAAGUAAAAAACUUCAAAACUGCUAAAUGGUUGUGGGAAAUGUUAGAGAAAUGGUUCGGUAAGCCAAUUAUCAUCACUUCUUCAACGGCUUCUUCUUCUUCUUCCUCAAGAAAUUCCUCAUCUAAUAUUGUGGAAUACCCAAUAGUGCCGUUUGUGAAGAAAGGUCUGUCAGUCUCUGAAAACAAUUACUCGGAGUGGAGACAACAGAUGUACAACCUAAUUAAGAGUGAAGGAUUGGUGGGUUGGGUCAGCGGCGCGGUUGAGACUCCAGCGAUGGAGAACAAGGAUUACAGCUCAUGGAAAAGAUCAGAUGCUCAACUACGGGAAUGGAUCGGAUCUACGCUGUCCAAAGAUAUACCCGAACAAGUGGUGCAGAGUAGAACUGCUAAAGAGAUGUGGACCAAGUUGGAGGAAAUUUUCGGUCAUUAUGUGCCACUGCACAAAGCAGCAACCAAAGGCGACUGGGCGACAGCCAAUGAAUUUAUAAAACGAGAACCAGAUAUUGCAAUCAGGGCUGGCAUAACAGAAGAGUCCGAAACAAUGCUCAUAGUUGCGGUGAAGUCGAAGCGAAGAAACAAUUUUGUGAAGAAACUAGUGAAGCAUAUGUUACCAGAAGAUCUAGCUCUUGGUGACACCAGAAAAAGGACAGCACUCCACAGGGCUGCAGGAGCUGGCAACAUUGAGGCUGCCAAACUGUUAGUGGAAAAGAACCCGUACCUGCCAAAUGCUCAAAACUACGAUAAACAAAUUCCUUUGUUUUAUGCAGCUGCUCGUGGGGAUAGAGAGAUGUGUCUUUACUUGUUAAGGGUCACUACUAUAAAUGAUGAUGAUGAGACAAAGGGUACCACCAGUCAUUUGUCUCAAUUCUUGUCUCGUUCUCUGACUAGUGCCAAUCACUUAUUGCAAUAUUCUCAAAAUCCAAAACUAAUGGAGGAUGGUAAGGGGAAAGGGAUAGAUGAUCUCUGGUGGAAUCCUACACCGUUUGACGGUGAAUCAGGUUUUAAAAUUUUGCGUCAGCUGAUCAAUAGUGGACUUAAUGACAUUGCUCUAGCUUUGCUUCAAGACAAACCUAAGUUAGCAUUCUUCAUUCCGGAGAAAGAAAAUCAUCGUCUUGACCAGAAUUUUCUUAUGGCAAUUGCUCAAAAGCCUUCUUCAUUCCGAAGUGGAGCAUCCUUCAACUUCUUCCAAAACAAAAUCUAUUCGUGUUAGUGUAUUUGGCCUCUUCACUCUC